UCGAACAUGGCGGCGCCCAUGUCGUUAGCGACCGCUGCGGCAAAUGGGGAUGUUUUUCUUAUCAAAGAUCUUCUGCAGCGCGGAGGUGCUGAUAUAAAUCUCAAGUCUUCAGACGGCAUGACUCCCCUUUCAGUAGCUGCAUUCUGGGGUUAUUCAGAUAUAGUGCAGCUUUUAUUAGAGCAUGGUGCUGAUGUAAAUUCUUGCAAUAGUGGUACAAUGUGGACUGCCCUGCACUGUGCUGCCUUCCAGGGACAUGGCAAAGUUAUCAUGAAAAUUAUGGAAUAUAAACCAAAUCUCUCAUGUAAAGAUAAUCAAGGGAGAACAGCUGCAGAUUUUGCAUCAGCUUUGGAUGCAAUUUGGCCAUUUUUUGCUGCAGCCGGAUGCAAGAGAACAUCUAAGGCAGAUCUAAUAAAAAUGAACAUUGUCAGAAAGGUUUCCAGUGAUGAUGCCAGCGUCCCCCAGUCUGACAUUGCCCACUUCUCACGACCUGGUUCCUCCUAUGCCAUGAGGUCACAGUCACUUAGAGGAAACUGGAAUGAUGUGAAUAAGGAGGUGGCAGCAAUAACAGGUGAUGUCUUGGCCUCUCUUCCCGAGGAACCUUUAAGCCGUGGCUACAACAAUGGAGACAGCCCUUCAUUGGCAGCAUGGAGAAGCUGAUAUUGGCCACGUCUGUGCCUAGACUAAGCAUAAAUUUAUCCACAAAUGUUUUUUUUAUUGUUUUCUAUGGGGAUGGCUCUGUCCUUCCUGGUGGAUGAGGGGAUUGGUUUUUCCACUUUGCAACCCCUGCACAAAGUUUUACUACUUUGUUCUAUCAACAGUAAGAAAUGGACCAAAGAGGUUGAAUAAGGACUUCAGAAGUAGAUUGGUGUGCGUGGGGUUAGGAAAAUCCUUGUGGAGAAACGAGCUUACUUUAUUUAACAGUUGCUGUAAUUCUUAGUCAUUGAUGUGAGUGAGGUUUAGGAAACUGAGAGUGUUGGCUUACAGUUUACAUCUUUUCAUUUACAUUUUUACCACUCUCUUAAUGCUUUUGAUAGAAAAAGAUCAGAAAUGGAUAAUGAUGCUUUAUUUGGCUGAUGGGUAGUGAAUAAUCUUAUUUUGUAGCCAUUUCCAUGUAUAUGUGCAUGGGGAGGUGGGGUGGAAAGAAGUAUUGGUUACAAGACGAAAUAGCUGCAAAUUAAUUUUGACUUCGUAUUCUCUGUGAAACUCAAUGAGAGGUGUAAGGAGGGGAGAAAAGUCACAGACAAGGGGACAACACAUUUUAGGAGAGAUUUUGUUGAAACUUGGGUCCAUCAUACACUGGAUAAGAAAUGUGGCAUCUUCUAUAUAACCCUUGAGAGAUUUAGGUAAUCAUCCCCUUUUGUCCUCCGUAAUAGACUAUAAACCAUUUUGAUAGCAUUAAUUUAGUAACAAUCAAUGUCUGUUCCUGUAAUUAACUAGUACACGAAUACCAUAAUACUUCAUGGUUGCUAAAAAAAUAUCUGCUACCAUUUUAAACAUACACGCUUGUGGGACUGUGUUCUAAAAAGUUACCUUUUUUAACGACUUUUAUAUAUAUAUAUAUAUAUAUAUAUAUAUAUAUAUAUAUAUAUAUAUAUAUAUAGAUAAUAGUAUUUUACAGUAUUGAAUAAAGAUGUUUGUAUUAUCACCGUAUGCCUGCACAGACAGCUGUCACAGUGAUAAAAUGGCAAGGAAAUUGAAAUAGAUCAUGAAUGAGUUUCGAGUGUCAUCACAGGUAAAAAGGUAAUGAUCAGUUUAUCGCAGUUUAAUUGUCAUCAGUUAUAAAGACUCAGAAUGCUGAUAUCAUAAUGAGAAAGCUCCACAGAAAAAGAAGGGUCACAGUGGUGCAAGCUUUUGAGAGCAAACUUAAAGCGAAGUCAUUUUAAUGGAUCAUAGGGACCAUUCAGCAUAGAAGAUCUGAGUAUCAACUGGUCCAAGGCUCAAAUAUAGAGGACCCUUCAUGAAAGGAAGACUGCUUAAUCCUGUAAUGGUCUCUCUGCCUGUAAUGAUCUUCUAUUUUGAAUGGCCCCAUAGUAGCCUGUGUCUUAUGAAAGGCCCAAUCUUGAACAGGGAGUAGUCUGUUCUACCACCAUGGUUUAAACACCAGUUGUUAAAUUAAGGAACAGGAAAUAACACUAAGGAAUGUGGAGUGUAUGAAAAAUUUUACAUUUUACUGUUAUUCACUAUAAAGAUUAUGCUCUCACUCUCUGGUGUACCAGUACUCGUGAUCAUCUUUUGUUAGAGUUUGUUCUCAGUGUUUUCUUAUGCACAUCAAACUAAGGAUACAUGUUCACUCGGAUUCCAUAAGAAUAAGGUGUAAGAAGUAUCAUAGAUCAAGUUCACAUUGAAGAAAUCUAGUGAGAUUAGAAUUACGGGGUUAAUUAUCUGCAUGAAUUGUCUGUGAGAUAUACUAAAUGACUUCAUGAUCGAUUCAUAAUUCUAAUGCAAAUUUAAGGAGUGUACAGAGUGGAAUAAACUGUUGGUGCACCAUUUGCCAGUUUUCUUGCAUGGUACAUGUACUGUUAUAUGUACCCGUGCUUUGAGAGUUGCAUCUACAUUCUUCCACUCCCUCAGUUAGUGUACACAUGAAUUCACUUUUUUCAUGGGCACAUGAGUGCAAACUCCCUUAAGAGGACUCAAACGUGUGGAGUAACACACACCUCAAAAGUGCACGAUUUAGUUAGGGACAGAUCUUUGAUAUGCCUUUGUGUCCUGCCAAAAUUUUCUG